CCCCUGGCUGGCUGCUGGUUGUACAUAUCUUGCCUGGCUACCAAACCGAUAGGCGGCUGGGUUCGCGAAAAUGGACGUGAACCUCCUACAAGAGCGGUAGAAAAGGCCAAACCAGCGCAAAGACGACGCAACAAACGGGAAAACAACACCACCAACGAUACCGCCGGCCACCGCCUCCACCCACCAGUCUUUGACCGGAGCGUCGAACCCCCCCAAACACCCGAGACGAUGCGAUGGAGCAGCAGACUAACAGCGAUCAUAUCAGCACCAGCUGUUGCCGUAAACAGACCGCGUAUCAUUGUUGUUAUUAUUGCUCCACACGGUGAGCUGUGCGGCAUAGCCAGAAAACACAACCGAUCUAUUUUUGUUUACAUUUUGUGUUGUUGCUGCCUCCCUGCCUCCCACCUAGGACGUGUAGAUGGGUUGGUUAGCUCGGUUGCGGAUGUUGUUGUGAGUUCACUUCACCCGACGACGACGACGACGUUGGGGAUAGGUUAGCGAGGGUACCGCACUGUAUUCUUGCUUGGUCUGCCAAUAGUAUGCGCCAGAGGUUGCGCGAGGAAGCAUUUGUUCUUGCAAGUGAAACGAAACUAGGAAAUUCGCUAAAGGUUGCUUAUUCGCAACAGUUCAGGAGGAUUGUCCCAGGAAAGUGUUACAACAGUGGUGGUAAUGUUUGUCCGUUCGACGGUUCGAACAAGAAACAGGCGACGCGUAGUAAUCGCUAACAACAACGGAGCUUAGCAGCUCAGUGAAUGUGGAGCAAAUCGUCACAAUCUAGUGCGCCGUGCUAUCGGAUAUCGGUCGAAGGAGAAAGGCUGCAAAUUGUUGCGUAGUUGAUGGUGAAGAAAAUAUUGUUCUUUUUUAUUGUUGCGAGAAAACUGUUAUUUCUCAGCAGACGCUAAUCCGAAUUAAGAUAAUCGCGACAAGAAAACACGAGUGGCGGGCUACUAAACCUCAAACGGAACUUCUAUACGGUGGUUAACCGCGGGUCCAGACAGUCGUCAUGCGCUGGGACGAAAUUAAAUAAGAGUGUACAACUGAGGUAAUGAACCGUUAAUUCAACGAACAACUGCGCCAGUGCCAAGUGUUGUGGUUUUUGUUUUGCCACUCAACAGCCCAGACGUCAGAGCUUCGGCAGCUUACUGAGGAGAAAGUUUCGAAUAAUGGGAUUUGGAUUUUGCGGCUGAUUUCCUGGCUACGAGUUCCUGUACCUACUACCUACUGUGUGUGAAAUAAGGUGGCUGGAGAUUUUUGAAGGCAUUUCCACAGCAACCAAUACGACAUAAACAUCAACAAAUAAAUCCAUUAUCAGCAGCCAUAUAACAACAAUACAGAAAACCCGGAAAAGUGCGCUCGUGCCCGACCACGAGUAUUGUUGUAUUUUUUGGGGCCGUCAGCAAAUCGAUAAAUCCCGAAUAGAACCAUUGAAGAUAGCUGAAGCAGCAUAGGAAUCGUGAAGUGUGAAGUAUUUUAUUUGCCAGCGCUAUUCUGUACAGAGUGAAGGAUUAAGCUGUGACAAGAUUAGCCGUUACCGGACAAAUUUGCACUACCACAGCCACACAAGUCCAAUGUUGGUGUAGCGUUACUCCUCGGCGGGAAUCGUUUGUACCACGCGUGGAGGGCCAUCGAUAGAGAGGAACAUUCGGAAGCAGCAGCCGCCAGCAGCUGGGCCUCGAAGACGGAUGCACAUAUCCUUGUUUAACCUGCUGUUCGAAGUAAAGAACCAAACGAUUCUCACUACUACUAACAGAUAAGAUUUAGGCUAACCUAACCACUAACUGCAAGCUUUCGUACUAACAAUCGUAGUAAAAUAUAGUCUAAUAAUCGGAAGAUAACAAAAUAUCACGAUCGCACACGUCCCUCGACAGUGGAGUCCGGUGCAUUCGUUCCUCACUUCUAACCAACGUCACCGUUUGCGGGGUGGAUCUCGCCAAAAGCCGCACGCAUUUUCUAUUACUCAUCUAGUUUUAAACACCACUUUCGGCCUGGACUCGAAUCGAGAAAACGAUCCAACCCAGGAAGCGGCCAACGGAAGGCACGCAAACGGGCAAUCGUCGUCGUCGUCAUCGUCAGGAAGUGGCAAUAUGGUGAAAACGUUCCAAGCCUAUCUACCGCCAACCAACCGAACAUAUUCCUGUGUCCACUGUCGGGCGCAUCUAGCUAGUCACGAUGAGCUUAUAUCGAAAUCGUUCCAGGGAAGCCAGGGGCGAGCGUAUUUGUUCAAUUCAGUGGUCAACGUCGCUUGUGGCCAGGCUGAGGAGCGCGUCCUACUAACAGGCUUACACGCCGUAGCCGACAUAUACUGCGAAUGCUGCAAAACACCUCUGGGAUGGAAAUACGAGCACGCUUUCGAAUCUAGCCAAAAAUACAAGGAAGGAAAGUACAUUAUAGAACUAGCUCACAUGAUCAAGGAAAACGGCUGGGAUUGAUUGCCGAGUCAUUUCGAUAAACGCGUAAAUUAGAUUAGUGAAUUUACACAACACAGCCAGCAAAAAAAAAAAAAUAACAUAGCAUGCGGAAGCCGGAGAGGUGCCACCGUGUCGGGCAUCGUCACCGUCGGUCCGCAAAACUAAGCGUAUCUACUUUCCAGUUACGCUCAGCCCGGGUACCCUAACUCGGUCAACCAACCGCGCUGCUUCUGUCUCCAUCCGGAAUUCAUCCUUUCGUCAUCCGUGUUGUCAUUUCCUGUCCGCUUUAACAGUUUCUCUCAUUUUUUUAACGUGUGUUCGUCCCCUCGUAGAUUCAGUCAUCGUACGGCGUCGUCAUUUUUAGUAGCUUUGAGUUUCUCUAUCGUUUUAAACGUAGAUAUUCAAACAUUCUAGAGGUCCAUUCUUACUUUUUACCUGCGACAAACCACACGUACACAUUUUGCAAAACAAUAUUAAGUUGAUAGUGAUGAUCUUACUCCUUCGAGUCCUAGGACUGACAGAAGGAGACAUUUACUUUUUUCGUUUUAAGAUAGCGAGAAGAUUAACACUACUUUAUUAUUUAGUGAACAAAUCUGAACGAUCGGAUAGUGAGCGAGGGAAGAAGAUCACUGUGAACAAGGGGAAUGCAUUUUUGCCCUAUGGGUGGCGGGAUCGGAUCGGUCCCGGGGGGAGGAUCAUCGCGUCCUUUCCACUGCUGUCGUCACCCUACUCGCAGAGGUGAAGUGCAAACGCAGAAAGGGGGGAAGUCGUGGCGAAGAAGGCAAAACGUACGCGAGAGAGAAUAUGCGAGAGUGAUAUUAGUUUUACGAAUGUUUCAAGCGAGGUAACAUUUAUGAUGAAUCGUAUUUUAGUCGAAAUAUAUACACGUCUAAGAA